GGAGCGCAAAGGAAGCCGUAACUCAUUCAGACUUCAGCCCCUGUGGAGGAACUUGUCAGCCUCACUGGGGACUGCGGUUUGAGGUGGUUCCAUCCUGGUUUAAGGAGACACUUGAAAAGUCAUCUUUUGCAGCCCCUUAUGAAUAUGCGGUGGAAACAGCAAAACAGAAAGCUCUUGAAGUAGCAAACAGAAUGCAUGUAAAACACCUGAGAACACCUGAUGUUGUCAUAGGAGCAGACACUAUUGUGACUGUGGAUGAGCAGAUCCUGGAGAAACCAGUUGAUAAGCAAGAUGCAUAUAGGAUGCUGUCAAGGUUGAGUGGGAAAGAGCACAGUGUUUUCACAGGAGUCGCCAUUAUACAUUGCAGCAGUAAAGAUGAUCAGCUAGAGACAGAAGUCACUGAUUUCUAUGAAGAGACUAAAGUAAAAUUUUCUGACCUGUCUGAAGAGCUCUUAUGGGAGUACAUUCAUAGCGGGGAGCCAAUGGACAAGGCUGGUGGAUAUGGAAUUCAGGCCCUUGGUGGAAUGUUAGUUGAGUAUGUCCAUGGAGACUUCUUGAAUGUGGUGGGAUUUCCUCUGAAUCACUUCUGCAAAAAGCUAGCAGAAUUGUACUAUCCACCCCCUAAACACAAUGUACAACAUAAAAAGUAUGACUCUAUCCCUUCUGUGGACACUUUUGAGAGCCUAAGUGAUGGAGAAAGUGAAUCUUCAAAUUUCACAGAGCAUAAAGGUGCUAGUAAGUUGGACAGCGGUGGGAUGUGUUCCUCAGGAGCUAUUUACAAUUCUGAAAACAGUCCUAGUGCCAGAACUGAUUUUAUGGUACCUUUGGAAAAUCAGAAUGGAGUGUUGGAAAGUGCAGUGAAACUUCCACCUAAAAUUCUAGAGCUGAUGGAUGGUUUUAGAGCUUCAAAGGCUCUGUUUGUAGCCUCUAAGCUGAAGAUGUUUGAUCAUCUUAAAGAUAAAGGUCCACUGAAGGCUGUGGAUAUUGCAAAUGAGGUUGGAACCUCUGUGUGUGGAACAGAAAGACUCCUUGAUGCAUGUGCUGCUCUUGGAUUACUGGAGAAAACACCACAAGGUUACAGUAAUACAGAUUCAGCAAAUUCCUACCUGACCUCAGAUGGUGAAUACUCACUUCAUGGCUGUAUUAUUCACUCUAAUGACCACCUUUGGCCUCUCUUCACACACUUGGAGUCUGCUGUCAAAGAAGGCAGUAGGCAGAACCAUCGAGCCUUUGGAGAGAAAGCAGAGGAUUUAUUUAAGGACUAUAAUCACAGCCAGGAGGUGAAGCAGUGUUUUAUGGCUGCCAUGCACAGCAUUGCCCACCUGACAGCAAGGGAUGUGGCUACAGCAUUUGAUCUUUCACGGUUUAAAUCUGCUUGCGAUUUAGGAGGUUGUACUGGAGCUCUGGCUCAUGAAUUAGUACAAAUAUACCCAGAUCUCAAGGUCACAGUAUUUGACCUUCCAGAAGUCAUUGCAAACACCUCUUGCUUUCAGCCUUCAGGACAACACAUAGGUCCAGUGACAUUUGUAUCAGGUGACUUCUUCAAGGAUAAUCUUCCAGAAGCAGAUCUUUACAUCCUUUCACGUGUUCUUCAUGACUGGCCUGAUGGAAAGGUACAUGUGCUGUUAAGCAAGAUAUCAGCUGUUUGCAAACCAGGAAGUGCCUUGCUAGUGGCAGAAAUUGUGCUUGAUGAACAGAAGACGCACCCUCCUAGAGCUGUACUACAGUCCCUCAGUAUGACUGAAGGCAAGCAGAGAAGUGGCUCAGAAUAUACACAGCUACUGGAGAAAUACGGAUUCACAAAUGUACAAAUUAAGAUCACAGGAAACUUAUUAGAUGCUGUUUUGUGCUUCAAGAAGAAUCUGUCACUGUAG